UUUGUUUGUUUGUUUGUUUUUUAUUACCUCUGGUGUUUACAUCCAAACACGAAGUACUUAAGUAACUUCAACAUGUCAGCCUCCAUAGUACGGGCGACAGUGAGGGCGGUUAGCAGACGGAAAAUACUGCCAACAAGAGCAGCUUUAACGCUGACACCUUCAGCUGUGAAUAAAGUCAAGCAACUUUUACAGAACAAACCAGAAUAUAUUGGCCUCAAAGUUGGUGUUCGAACCCGAGGUUGCAAUGGCCUCACUUACACACUAGACUAUACUAAAGAGAAAGACAAAUCAGACGAGGAGGUGUUAGAAGAUGGCGUGAGAGUGUUCAUAGAGAAGAAGGCUCAGCUGACGCUGCUCGGCACGGAGAUGGAUUUUGUUGAAACUAAACUUUCCAGCGAGUUUGUGUUCAACAAUCCCAACAUCAAAGGCACGUGCGGCUGUGGGGAAAGCUUCAGCAUAUGAACCUCGCCGCACGUUUGGCUUCAUCUAAAGCUUGAGCCCUCCAGGACAUCCAGUCCAUAUCCUAGAUUCAAACAUCCAUCUUGAAGAUUUGUGGGUAAAGAGCUGGAGAAAGAGACUGAUAUUUAGUGGCCUGUUUGGCCAUCAUGUCCUGUGCUGCCUCCGUUCACCUCGACACAAACCCAGAAAAGCCCUGCUUACAAAUACAGUCGUUAACUUAAAAAUAUGUUUUGUUUGUUCAUUUCAUUGCUUGAACACACUUUAUUGAGCAGCUUGAUGUGUGUUUAAUGUGCCUGUGUCUUAUGCGGCUCUGAGGAGGGUUCCAGUUACACUCCAUGUUAGUGGUUCAAGAGGAAUUAAUUGCUUUGGUGUUUUCUCAGAAAGUUGUGUGUCAUCCAGUCGCUCUGAUAGGGAUUCAUAUUUGAUAAUCCAGUUAUCCUGAUGAGCUGAAACUGCUGGAUGUCGUAACACGUCCUCCUUACAGCAACAACCUAAAUCUACACCUCAAGAAAUCUGCAGCUGCUUCCUCAUGGCUGUUUUGUGCACAUUUGGUGGAUUGUGGACCAGCAGUGCAAAUCUGUGGUAAUCUACAUAAUAUUGAAAGGUUUCUCUGUCUGGUGGAUGUUGAGCGAGUAUUAACUUU